CUCCAGCACUCAUGCGGCUUUCAUUUACGUCAACAACACACAAGCACCCAAACUGAGGCUUUAUGCAUUUUUCAUAUGAACUCUGAUGCUCAACCGCUGCAUUCCAGGAUUCAGACCAAGAUAUUCUUCAUAAAGCAAAAAAGCGAAACUAAAGGAAAAGACGUCCGUUAUUUCAGUGUCUUAGAGUGAGGCCCAGGCUUCAGCAGGCCUCGGUGAGCACCGGCAUGAUGGAGGGGGGUAUGCAGCUGCUGAACCGGGAUGGCCACAGCAUCUCGCACAACUCCAAGCGCCACUACCAUGACUCCUUCGUGUCCAUGAACCGCAUGCGGCAGCGAGGCCUGCUCUGCGACAUCGUGCUCCAUGUGGCCAACAAGGAGAUCAAGGCGCACAAGGUGGUGCUGGCCUCCUGCAGUCCAUACUUCCACGCCAUGUUUACAAAUGAGAUGUCGGAGAGCCGUCAGACCCAUGUGACCCUGCAUGACAUUGACCCUCAGGCUCUGGAGCAGCUGGUGCAGUAUGCCUACACUGCUGAAAUUGUAGUAGGAGAAGGAAAUGUGCAGACCCUGUUGCCGGCAGCUAGUCUCCUGCAGCUCAACGGAGUGAGAGAUGCCUGCUGCAAAUUCCUUCUCAGCCAGCUGGACCCCUCAAACUGCCUGGGCAUCCGUGGCUUUGCAGACACUCACUCCUGCAGCGACCUUCUCAAGUCGGCCCAUAAGUACGUCCUGCAGCACUUUGUAGAGGUAUCGAAGACGGAGGAGUUCAUGCUGCUUCCCCUCAAACAGGUGCUGGAUCUGAUUUCUAGUGACAACCUGAAUGUCCCAUCAGAGGAGGAGGUGUACAGGGCUGUGCUUAGCUGGGUCAAGCAUGACAUUGAUGGGCGGAGGCAGCACGUGCCCCGGCUCAUGAAGUGUGUGCGCUUGCCACUGCUGACACGAGACUUCCUGAUGAGCAACGUGGAUACGGAACUGCUGGUGCGUCACCACUCUGAGUGCAAAGACCUGCUGAUUGAGGCGCUGAAGUAUCACUUGAUGCCCGAGCAAAGGGGUGUUCUCAGUAACAGCCGCACCCGACCACGCCGCUGCGAGGGAGCCAGUCCGGUCCUCUUUGCCGUAGGUGGGGGCAGUCUUUUUGCCAUUCAUGGAGACUGUGAGGCCUAUGACACUAGGACAGACCGCUGGCACAUGGUUGCGUCAAUGUCAACGAGGCGGGCACGAGUUGGAGUGGCUGCAAUUGGAAAUAAGCUCUAUGCUGUGGGAGGGUAUGAUGGCACCUCUGAUUUGGCUACUGUAGAGUCAUAUGACCCAGUAACCAAUGCGUGGCAACCUGAGGUGUCUAUGGGAACGAGGAGGAGCUGUUUAGGGGUGGCGGUCCUGCAUGGGUUGCUGUAUGCAGCAGGAGGAUACGAUGGUGCUUCUUGUCUCAAUAGUGCAGAGAGGUAUGACCCUUUGACCAGUACCUGGACCUCCAUCGCUGCCAUGAGCACCAGGAGGAGAUACGUUAGAGUGGCCACAUUAGAUGGCAGUUUGUAUGCAGUCGGCGGGUAUGACAGCUCCUCACACUUAGCCACGGUAGAAAAGUACGACCCUCAGAGUAAUGCCUGGACUGCCAUUGCCAACAUGCUGAGUAGGAGGAGCAGCGCAGGAGUGGCUGUAUUGGAGGGCAUGCUUUAUGUUGCGGGGGGCAAUGAUGGUACCAGCUGCCUAAAUUCAGUGGAACGAUAUAAUCCGAAAACAAACACCUGGGAGGGAGUGGCGCCCAUGAACAUUCGCAGGAGCACCCAUGACCUGGUCGCCAUGGAUGGCUGGCUAUAUGCGGUUGGAGGCAACGAUGGCAGCUCCAGUCUCAACUCCAUAGAAAAGUACAACCCUCGUAGCAACAAAUGGGUGGCGGCGUCGUGCAUGUUCACGCGCCGUAGCAGCGUGGGAGUCGCUGUCCUAGAGCUCCUCAACUUUCCUCCUCCGUCCUCUCCUACUCUUUCCGUUUCCUCCACCAGUCUUUGACAAAGGGUAAAAACCCGGCUUAGCUCCAGCGGCCUGCCCUGCGUAGCCAAGAGGCGCAACUGCUCGGUUUGAGCAUCAGACGAAGAGCAUUUCGUGGGCCACAGCGCCCCUAUCUGCCUGGAGGAAUACUGCAGCAUUCUGCAGAUCAAGAGGGUAAAAAAAAGGAUGAAAUGAAAAAACACACACUCUCUCACACACUAAGCCUCCACAACUCUCACCCUAUAAACCCAGUGCUUGAAAGUGCAAAAUAAUGUUGCUCUGCCAUUUUGCGGUCACUUUGUGUAUGAUGUAUAUCUAAAUGUAUAUUUAUGUUUACGAUUCUUUUUUGAAAUACUAAGAAAUAAUAUAUAUAAAAAAAGAAUGAACAACUUUAGGAAUGUAGCUAUUGACUGGUUCUGCCAAGCAUGUUUACAGAAAUUUCAUCCUGGCAGAAAAUAAUAUUGUAGUGCUGCUGUGCCACACUAGGUGGCAGUAAUGUGCAAUGCUGCCCUGUCUCACCACAGCCGCGCAUGGACAUUUAAAAGCAGAAAAUUCACACAAAAACGGUGGAUGGAUUCUACAUGUACACCAGAUCAUGUUGACAGCAUAAUAUAUGUUUUACCUAUUUUCCUAUUUAUUUAUCAAAUGUAAUAUAAACAUAUGACACUAUUUCAGAGAUGUUUGAAGGACCACCUCUAACUUAAGAGGGGAAAUAUAGUUUUAAAACUGCUAAUGGACAUACCUAUUACAUAUCAGAGAAGCACUGGUGUUUGGUAUGAAAUGUGAGAUUUAGGAAGAACAGGUAUUUAGUCUUUUAUCUAACGAACAUGUUCGGUUUGUUUUAUACAGUCACGUAUUUCAAGCCUUCAAGAGUUUGAGCUCUACACAAGUGCAAACUUGACUAAUAUGACACGUCUAUUUCACUAACCAGGAGAAAUGUCUUUCUAAUGAAGACUAUAGCCAUACCUAAAACUAGCUGUGACAUUAAAGCUGCACUUUCUCAUUUCUCAUGUUUUCGAAAGGGUGAACGGUGCUCAGAACUAAUUCUGAUUAGCUAACGGGUAAUCAGUAACACUGACACUUCAAUAUCGAGCCCUUCAAUGUGAGUAACUCGGCUAUUUUGAGCUCCUAUAUGUUGUGUGUCACAUUUAUUAGUAUUUUGUCGUAAGUCUUUAGUUAGUGAAUCAUGUCAUUGUAUAUUGCAUUUUCUAAACUUGGCUUAUUUCAUCAGAUAUAGAUAGUACGUGUUGUGCUGUGAUGUCAUUGGUAACGGCCACUACCAAUGCAUCUUACCUCUGAUGGGCAGGUGAGUGAACGCUGGGUUUGUGAGUAAUUCGUUUAUCUUAUGAGAGCACAGAUCGCCCCAAAACAAAAGAUAGUUCCCCCAAAACAAGGUUGUUCUAAACCUGUAUGACCUUAUUUGUUAUGUAGAAGAAUGUCCAAGCUUGUCUUUACAAUUUGAAGUGGAUGGGAAUACGGACAAUUGUAUGGGAAAAGAGCAGCUUGGACAUUCUGCUAAAUAUCUUUACAGUUUAAAACAACACGAGGGUGAGUACAUUUUUGGGGGAACUAUAUCUAAGUAAAUCUUGCUCUCUGCCAUUUUACGUAGGUUUUAAAAUGUAGCGUAGUAUUAUAUGAUUUCUAAACUUCUGAGAAGUUAGGAUUUUGUUUCCUUUUUUUAAGGACUUUGUUAAUUCAGAGAAAUUAAGGUCAGUAUGAGUUUGUGUCCAGGGAGAUCAGAGUGCUGUGUAUGUGUGUGUUUCUGUAGAGGUGAAGCAUUCUGCACUUUGACAAUACAUGCAUAACAACACAGGACCACAACCCCACAGAAAGGAAAAUUACAGUAUAUGUAUAUAACCAAAUAUCCUGAAACUUUGUGCAAUGUCAGUGUAACUGUGGCUUUUUUUCUUUUGUCUUUUAUUUUUUUCUUUUUGGAUUGUAACGUUGUUGAAUGUGUUAUUUAUAUUGUGGUUAUGUUUUGCUAUAUUUAAGAACAAACAAACAUGAAUUUUUUGCACUAAUGUCAAAUGGAGCAAUAUACUGCUGUAUAAACUCAAAACACACUACUGUAAAUGAAAUAAAGAUGUUUUCAGGUGGAAUGCGAGUUUGAUCUUAUUUAAAUAAACUGACACAUUGU